AUGAUAUAUAUGAACUGGUACCAUCAAAAUGUUCCCAAAAUUUUGGGAGCACUAAGCUUCCUGGUGAACCCAAUAUUCAUAUAUUUGGUAGUGACCAAAACUAAAACUCAAGUGGGGAGCUACAAGAAUCUUUUGAUAAUGUUCUCGGUCUUUGACAUUCUGUAUUCAAUAUCCGAGAUUUUAACUCCAUUGGGUGUACAAGGCAACAAGCAUGGAUUUGUGGUUUUUAUAUCAGACGGCUUGUUCUUUGAAUAUCCAGAACUUGGUCAGCACGCAAUGUCGAAUCGGUGUGGGUUCAUUUCCAUCAGUUAUGCCUUAUUGAUCAUCCAUUUUGUCUAUCGGUACAUGGCCUUGUUUUACCCGCACAAGCUUCAUCUGUUCUUCCGGCCGAUUGGUAUACUAUUUUUAACAUUGCUCAUGUUGUUUCACGCUGGCUCUUGGACUAUGAUCUGCCAGAAUUGCCUUGCGGCCGACGACGAAGUUAGGAAAAUAGUGCGCUCGUCGUUCAUAGAUCAGUACGGAGAAGAGUCCAAUGGAGUUCCAAUGUUGGCAGCUCUCUAUUGGGGUGUCCGUCCAGGUAUCCAAUUUCGCAGCUGGCUUGGAAUCAUUCUUCUUACUAUUAUUUCAUGGUACUCAAUGGCGGUUUAUUUUGUUCUUGGGUAUAAAAUAAUUCACAAAAUUCGGUGCAUGACUAUUAAUCGAACGUUGAGUGCAACUAGUUUACGACUUCAGAGGCAGCUUUUUGUGACUUUGGUUGUACAGACCUGCAUCCCAAUUGUCGCAAGCUUCUUACCAACUGUCAUCUCCUGGUACGCACCAAUUUUCGGAAUUGACAUUGGUUGGUGGAACACAAACGUCUCCACAAUUGCACUAGCUGCCUUCCCAUGCAUUGACCCGCUAGCUGUGAUAAUUUUGGUUCCGAACUACAGAAACACACUACUCAGACGUCCAAUUUCAAUUGAGCCGGACACUUCAGGAAAUAUCAAUCCGCCUAUCAGCAACGUUGUCAGUAUGGUUCGCCGGAUAACAACCAUAGCUGGCACUGCAUUUUGA